AAAAAAAAAGAAAAACCCUAAUAACCAGAACUGAAAAACCCUCUUUUCUUCUGCUUGCUCCUUCUCCAACUCGUUUCAUCGCCAUCGAACGCAGAGAAACCCGCCACCGCGAGUUCCAAGUUGAAUUUAGAAGAGUAGUAUAAUGGGGAAGAAGAGAAAGCAUAGUGAGACUGCAGCUGUGGCAGUUCCCAAAAAGGAUGAAGCUGCUCCAGAGAGACCAGCAAGGACCCUUUUGGGUUGGAAGGAUAAGAGUGAAGUCAACGGUGAUGAUUCUCAAGUCAAGGAUGUUGAACUUGAUGAUUCACCUAUAUUCAGGAACAAAGAGAAGGUUUUGGUCACUUGCUCUAGGCGUAUCAAUUUCAGGUACCGGCACUUGAUGUUGAAUGUGGUCUCGCUUUUGCCUCAUUGUAAGAAGGACAACAAGGUUGAAUCGAUGGAAUCUAAAGGGGCCACAUUGAAUGAGCUCGUUGAGCUCAAAAAUUGUUCCUCUUGUUUGUUUUUUGAGUGCAGGAAGGGAAAAGAUCUUUAUCUCUGGAUGGCAAAAUGCCCCAAUGGUCCGUCUGUGAAAUUUUUAGUUAGCGCUGUGCACACAAUGGAGGAAUUGAAAUUAACUGGAAAUCACCUAAAAGGUUCCCGCCCAAUUUUGACAUUUUCAACAAAUUUUGAAAAAGAUGCACAUUGGAGACUCUUAAAGGAGAUGUUAUUACAGAUAUUUGAAACUCCAAAAGACCACAGAAAAGCUAAACCUUUCCAUGAUCACGUGUUUGUUUUCUCAAUAGCUGAUGACCAUAUAUGGUUCCGGAACUACCAGAUCGAUGUUCCUCACAAUGAGACAGACAAAUUACCCCGAGGAGGCCUCGAACAAAUGAAUUUGGUUGAGGUUGGCCCGCGGUUCUGCUUGAACCCAAUUAAGAUAUUUGGUGGCAGUUUUGGAGGGCCAACAUUAUAUGCGAAUCCAUUAUACGUGUCACCAAAUCAGGUUCGAGCAUUGGAGAAACGGAAGAAGUCUGGGAAAUAUGCAAAGAAGAUCAAGGCAAAGACAAGGAGGAAAAUGCAUGAGAUGU